AUGCCUCGUCGACCAUUACGGGUCGUGUCUCGGGAAGCCACGGAGAAUGAUUCCUCUGCUGAGAUUCCAGCUGGUAGCACCGGCCGCGUCGCCCAGUCUAGAUCAUCCUUUAACCUAGCUAAUAGUGUCGCGUUUGAUGCUGCCGCUGACGCCACCACCGCUUCCGAAAACCAGGUGAGCCAGCCAACAAGACAUGGUAGUGAUCAGACACGCAAGUCCAUUCAACCGGAAACUGGUCCAGCGCUGGCGCCUGCCAAGAGGGCUGCAUCUGCCGCGCGAGAUUCGACGUCUUCUGUCCCUACACCCGCGGACGCAACCUCGGGGAGCGAGUACUCCACGCCCGCCACCAGUAAUCCUACGCCCACUGCUACGGACAUCCCCGGAACCUUGAGACCGAAAAGUUCCUUUGAGGUCCGUAUUCCUUCUAGGGGUUUGGAUAAGGAGCGCGGUCUGCGGAGCAGCAGAUACUCGAUGAGAUCUUCAGCGAGAUCGAGACAACUGCAGAUUUCCGAUAGCAACGAUGAGCUCGACAACGCCGAGUUUUCCAAUGACUCGCCUGAUGCUUUGGCUGCUCGAAGAAUGCAGAGAAAGGAGGAUAGACUCGCCGACGCUCAAAUGGCUUCCUCUUCUGCCCAUUCAUCGUCUCGCAGGACUUCAGCUAGGAACAAGUUUACUGCCAACACUCCUCAGGUGCAAAAAUUAGCUUCUGUGAAGCGUUCGGGAACCUUUACCGGAGCCUCAGGGAGGCCUUCGAAGAAGCCCAAAGCCUCGACAGAUCUCAAAGAUGACGUGGACAUGGACCAAGAUACAGAGGUCGCCCGUCAGCUACAGGAAGAAGAGUAUAAUCGAGAUAACGAUAACGAUGCCCCAUUUUCGACAACAGACGUUGGAGAGGACUCGGAAGGUACCGAUGACGAGUACAAUGAGGAUUCUGAGCCGCUUGCACUUACUGCUAGGCGUCGUCGGGAGUCCCGGCGUAAUUUUCUCGAACCUCUGGAGCUCGGGGAGGCAGAAGAGCAAGAGAGUCAAUCUAGCAUGCCGCCCUCUGACACGAAUGAUUCUAACCCAGGCGUGGAUUCGGACUCGGACGCGGAGUCGGUAGCAAUAGUUACAGAGCAGCGACGCCAAUAUAGAACUCCCACCAGCGCCGGCCGUGGUCGCGUCAAACGAGAGCGUUUCCGUCUCGAACACCAUCAUCCAGAGGUAACGACCAUGUGGAGUGAGCUGCAGAUGAUUCCCGUCCUCCGACCCGACAGGGCAGAGCAGCCCCGAACAAUAUCGCGCAUGCUCAAACCAUUCCAGCUCGAAGGUCUUGCCUGGAUGAAGGCCAUGGAGAGGACCGAAUGGAAGGGGGGCCUCCUUGGGGAUGAGAUGGGGCUGGGAAAGACGAUACAGGCAGUCUCGCUCAUCAUGUCCGACUAUCCGGCGAAGCAGCCCUCUUUGGUGCUGGUACCGCCCGUCGCCCUGAUGCAAUGGCAGUCGGAAAUCAAGGACUACACCGACGGCACUCUCAAGACGUUUAUCUUCCACGGCACCAACCAAAAGUCCAAGGCCAUGACGGUUAAGGACCUCAGAAAGUUUGAUGUCGUCAUGAUGUCUUACAACAGCCUGGAGUCGAUGUACCGCAAACAGGAGAAGGGCUUCAAGCGCAAGGACGGCAUGCACAAGCAGGGUAGUGUCAUACAUGCCAUCAAAUUCCACCGCAUCAUCUUGGACGAGGCCCACAGCAUCAAGACAAGAAGCACCAUGACAGCCAAGGCCUGCUUCGCCCUCAAAACCGACUACCGCUGGUGCCUCUCGGGCACGCCUCUUCAGAACCGCAUCGGCGAGUUCUUCUCGCUUAUCCGAUUCCUAAACAUUCGGCCCUUUGCCUCGUACCUAUGCAAGCAGUGCCCCUGCGAGACGCUGGAGUGGUCGAUGGGUGCCGACAAACGAUGCUCGCACUGCCACCACGCGGCAAUGCAGCACGUCUCUCUCUUCAACCAAGAGCUGCUGAACCCCAUUCAGCAUUACGGAAAUGCAGGACCGGGCUUCCGAGCGUUCAAGAAGCUGCGGUUGCUGACGGAUCGCAUCAUGCUCCGUCGUCUCAAAAAGGACCACACCAACUCGAUGGAACUGCCCGUCAAGGAGAUUUACAUUGACCGGCAAUUCUUCGGCGAGGAGGAGAAUGACUUUGCCAACAGCAUCAUGACCAGCGGCCAGCGCAAGUUUGAUACGUAUGUGGCCCAGGGCGUGAUGCUCAACAACUACGCCAACAUAUUUGGCCUCAUCAUGCAGAUGAGACAGGUGGCCGAUCACCCAGAUCUGAUCCUCAAGAAAAACUCCGAGGGCGGGCAGAAUGUCCUGGUGUGCUGCAUCUGCGACGAGCCGUCCGAGGAUACAGUGCGCAGCCGGUGCAAGCAUGACUUUUGCAGGGCCUGCGUGGCGAGCUACGUUCGGUCGACGGAAACCCCGGACUGCCCACGCUGCCACAUCCCGCUGUCGAUCGAUCUGGAGCAGCCCGAGAUUGAGCAGGACGAGACGCUUGUCAAGAAGACGUCCAUUAUCAACCGUAUCAAGAUGGACAACUGGACGUCGUCGUCCAAGAUUGAGCUCCUGGUCCACGAGCUGCACAAGCUUCGCUCGGACAAUGCCACGCACAAGUCCAUCAUAUUCUCCCAGUUCACGACGAUGCUGCAACUCAUCGAGUGGCGUCUGCGCCGUGCAGGAAUCACGACUGUCAUGCUCGAUGGCAGCAUGACUCCCGCCCAGCGCCAGGCAUCUAUUGAACACUUCAUGAACAAUGUAGAUGUCGAGUGUUUUCUCGUAUCCCUCAAAGCGGGCGGUGUUGCUCUCAACUUGACGGAGGCUUCAAGAGUAUUCAUUGUUGACCCGUGGUGGAACCCGGCUGCAGAAUGGCAAUCGGCCGACCGUUGCCACCGCAUAGGCCAGACACGACCCUGCACCAUUACGCGGCUGUGCAUCGAAGACUCGGUCGAGAGCCGCAUGGUACUUAUUCAGGAGAAGAAGACGAGCAUGAUUCAUUCGACGGUGAAUUCCGACGACAAGGCCAUGGAAUCUCUUAGUCCCGAGGACAUGCAGUUCUUAUUCAGGGGAUCUUGA